GCAACUUUGGAUAAUUCAAUAGAAAUAAUGUCGGUUUAACACUCUAGAUGAAAGCACAUUGACCCAGCUGUGAUUGAUUGACCGUGGCGGAGACCCUACCUACUAUUGACCUUAAGACUGCAGUUAUUCUCCGACGCAAAGGUUAGCCAGCCACAUCCACCACGUCAACCUCCUCUUCCUCACCUGGAAUUCCUCUCCACACCGUACAUUGUCCAAAAAACCAGCGAUGUUCCCACGCUGAUGAUCGAGCCCUAAUGCGCAUCACACUGCCCGUCUGCCGUGCGGGGAUCCUGCCUCGAGGAUCAGCCCGGCGUCAAAGUUGUUGGAGGCCUCUACAACUGGCACUUACGACGCGACGCGAACUGCUCACGCAGAGUUACGCUCGCGGACCAUUCGAGCCCCCUUUAAUCGAAAGCACGAUUGGCGAUCACUUCAACGGCAUCGUCAAGCAAUACGGCGAUCGAACAGCGGUCGUCUCCAGACAUCAGAACUACCGAGUGACGUACGCCGGUCUCGACGCCGAAAGCAAUGCCCUGGCACGCGGCCUGGAGUCAGUGGGUGUGCGGGCGGGCGAUCGCGUGUGCUUGAUGCUUGGGAAUUCCAUGGAGUUUUCCACAACGACGUAUGCACUGUUUAAACUGGGUGCGAUCUUGGUACCGAUUAAUCCAUCGUUCAACGCUACUCAAGUCGUCGCCGCGUUGAACCACCUAGAGGCGAGCCAUCUCAUCAUCAGCACGGAGUCGAAUCUCCCCCGGAAGGAACCCCGAAGCAACGUCCCCCUCCUACAGCAUCUGAUACAGGACCCGCACGUCUCGAAGCUCCGGUCCGAGUUAGUUCCCUCGCUGAAAUGCAUCAUGACUGUCGACAACUCGUCCGGUCGAGUCGACACCUCCGAGUUCAACAGUCUGACACCCUACUCGUCGCUGACGUCGGACGCCGUAGCGGACAAAGCCGCAUUAACACCUAAAGAGCUCUCGCCCAGCGACAUCGUAAACAUCCAAUUCACAUCCGGCACAACAGCAAUGCCCAAAGCAGCCUGUCUCAGCCACCGAUCCAUUCUCAACAACGGCUCCCAGAUCGGCGACCGCAUGGUCCUCACCCCACAAGACAUCGUCUGCUGCCCCCCGCCGCUCUUCCACUGCUUCGGCUCCGUCUUGGGCUACAUGGCGACGGCGACGCACGGCUCGGCCAUCGUCUUUCCCGCGGAAUCGUUCAGUGCGCGCGCUGCGCUCCAGGCUGUUCAGGACGAGAAGUGUACCGCGCUUUACGGCGUGCCGACUAUGUUCCUGGAAGAGCUGAGCCUCAUCCAAAGCGGCAAGGUGUCCAGCGAAGGGUUUCAACAGCUGAGAACGGGCAUCGCUGCUGGGAGCAGUAUUCCGUCGGAGCUUAUGAAGAGAUUGCAUCAGGUGCUCAACCUCACUGAGCUGACUAUCUGUUACGGCAUGACGGAGACGAGCCCUGUGUCGGCUAUGACUACCACUGAUGAUCCGAUUGAUAAGCGCAUUAGUACCGUCGGAAGACUCAUGCCGCAUGUUGAAGCUAAGGUCGUGAGCCCCACUGAUCGCAGCCAGGUGCUUCCUGUUAAUACCCCUGGGGAGCUAGCUGUCAGUGGGUAUCUCUUGAUGAAAGGGUACUGGGGUGAUGUCGACCGCACGGCUGAAGUGAUGGUGCCGGAUGACACAGGGAAGGUUUGGAUGCAUACGGGCGACGAAGGCACCCUCUCCCCAGACGGCUACAUAACCAUCACCGGUCGCAUCAAAGACCUCAUAAUCCGCGGCGGCGAAAACAUCCACCCCCUAGAGAUCGAAAACUGCCUGCUCGAGCACCCAGGCGUCUUCGACGUAUCAGUAGUAGGAGUCCCAGACGAGCGCUACGGCGAAGCAGUCGCCGCGUUUGUCAUUCCCCGAGAGGACGCAUCUGCCGCGAAGGACGAAGAGAAGAAGAAGCUUCAGGAUUGGGUGAGGGUGAGACUUAGUAGUCAUCUUGUCCCCAAGUAUAUCUUCUUCUUACCUCCUACCGAUACAUUUCCCAAAACGGCGAGUGGCAAGAUUCAGAAGUUUAAGCUGAAGGAGAUUGCUAUCAAGAAAUUGAAUGAGCGGUCUGGGGGGUCUUGACUGGUUGUGCAUGCAUCUCUUAUAACAUACAUGGGCCAAGCGUCCACGGACGGGGAGACUGUCUUGUACGUAGUAUAAGUAUGCUUCGCUGGUUGCUGUCUGGAAAUAUGCACAGUGAGACGAGAUGGGCCAUGUGGUGCUAGUAGAACAGAGACGUGGCAUGCCG